GACAAAUUUGCAAUCCAGAGCGUGCUAUUUUCUUGAAAGUUGGACACACCAUUCCAAUUAAUUCCAUUUGUUCAGGGUGUUGCAGACUGAUGAACCCAAUCACUUGUCUCCGAGCGCCCCUGGCACCCUUCAUUUUACCUUAAAAGCCUAAUAUCUCUGACAACAUCGGUUUUAAAAGCGAUAAGUAGGCGCAAGGUUCAAUGGCAGAUAUUGUGGACCCAACUGUUCCGGUGGUGAAAAACAUGCUUUUGUUGGAUUCUGAGGGGAAGCGUAUUGCCGUUAAAUACUAUGGGAGCGACUGGCCUACCGUGAAUGCGCAGGCCACGUACGAGAAGUCUGUCUUCGCAAAAACAAACAGAACCCUGGCGAGAGGUGAAGCUGAGAUCACCAUGUUUGACGAUGUGAUCGUCGUCUACAAGUUCAUUGGGGACCUCAUGUUCUUCGUCACUGGAUCACAAGACGAGAACGAGCUCAUCCUGUGCCAAGUGCUCCAGGGAUUUUAUGAGUCCAUAUCACUGCUGCUCAGGAGCGCUGUGGAGAAGAAGACAGUUUUGGAGAACCUGGACUUGGUCCUCCUGGUAAUGGAUGAGACUGUGGAUGGCGGGCUCAUCCUGGAGACUGACCCUGCUACCAUUGCCAGCCGAGUAGCAAUGCGGGGUCCGGACGACAAUCUAUCCCUCACAGAGCAGACUUUCUCCAGGGCCCUUGCAACAGCGAAGGAACAGCUGGCACGGUCCUUGUUGAAGUGACUUUGGCUGCCAUUCGCGGGCCAUGAUGGCAUAGUUACAGAGCAUGAUUGUGCUUGCAAAGCUGCUCAAAUGGUUAGGCUGUUAUGGUGACGGGAACUCAUUGCAAUGUCUUUACCGUACCAGCAAAGUAUAUCACAGAUUGUGAUCACCACAUUUCGAGCUUUUUGUGAGGCUGGGCAGUCUGCAACUCGCCAAAUUUGCCAUUUAUGGCCUAGUUGGCCCAAGGGGCAGGAAGACUGUGGAAAUUCUUUUUGUCGUUGAAAGUAGUCAGCAGAUAUAUGCAAUGAGCACUGGAUGCUAUUACUGGGUUGGUGUUCCUAAUGCCACAUCCUCUGAUAUUUCCAGGAAACAGAGAUUAAUGUCUCUGCAGUGUGAAGUGUGCACACAGCAGGGGAUGCUGCGCACAUGCCUCUUGCACAUGCACAUGUGACGUACGAUGAUUUCAUC